CUAAACAGCACUAUGAACAGCACUCAGCAACCAUCAGGUUUUCAGCAACAGUAACGCUUUUUUCUUUUUUUUUUUAAACUUUUAAAAGUUACUUGAAUCCUCCGAUAAGAAAAAACGUAUACGCUGGAGAAGCUGCUUGAGUAGGAGAAACCUACAAUAGACGAAAUAAGCCGAGAGAGUACAUAAAGCUAUUUUAAGUAUAACAUUGAAACAAUGCCUUCUCGAGAUGAUCACAGCCAUGGACGGAUAGCAAAUUUUAAAUUUAAUAAUAAACACGAAGAGGCACGAAUAAGAAGGAACGCAUUAUCGGUGGAACUACGAAAAGCCAAGAAAGAUGAUCAGUUGUCAAAACGACGUAAUUUGGAUACACAAGAACUAACAAAUUUAGGAGAUAAAGCUGCUCUUUCGCCCACUUCUGCUCUUUCUAUAGAUGAGAUUGUAAAUCACAUAAACUUGCCAGAUGAAACAUCACAAUUACUGGCGAUUCAAACCUGCAGAAAAUUAUUAAGUCGAGAAAAAAACCCUCCUAUAAAUGAUAUGAUAAAAGGUGGCAUAGUACCACGCUGUAUUGAGCUCUUAGAUAGUGAUCAUAAUAUUCCUUUGCAAUUUGAAGUAGCAUGGGUAUUGACUAACAUAGCUUCGGGUACGUCUGAACAAACGCAGAACGUUGUGAAACAUGGAGCGGUACCAAAAUUAGUGAAGAUGCUUAAGUCUGCGUCGCCUGUUGUUGCCGAACAAGCAGUAUGGGCCUUGGGAAACAUAGCCGGAGACGGACCAUAUGCACGCGAUCUUGUUCUUGGACAUGAUGCUCUACCUUUUCUGCUGGAUUUAAUUAAACCUGAUACCCCAAUAACAUUCAUGCGCAACAUCGUAUGGACCUUAUCUAAUUUAUGUCGAAACAAGAGUCCACCUCCACCCUUUGAAUUGAUCAGACCUGUUCUACCAGUAUUUAAUCGUCUGUUUAGUUAUACGGAUCAAGAUGUGCUUGCUGAUACCUGCUGGGCACUUUCUUAUCUCACCGAUGGAUCCAACGAUAAAAUACAAGCGGUAUUGGAAAUUGGCAUUAUACCAAAACUUGUACAGUUGCUGACAUCACAGGAAGGAACUAUUCUUACUCCAGCAUUGCGUACAGUUGGAAACAUAGUAACGGGUGACGAUACUCAAACGGAUGCUGUGAUUCUCGCGGGAGGAUUGACACAUCUUGGUGCCUUGUUGCGGUAUCAUCGCGCCAACAUUGUAAAGGAAGCUGCUUGGGCAACCAGUAACAUUAUGGCUGGUAACACAGACCAAAUCCAAAGUGCGAUAAACGCUGGUCUGUUACCACCAUUGAUAGAAGUACUUCAGUUUGGAGACUAUAAGGCACAAAAGGAAGCUGCAUGGGCUGUAACUAACUUAACAACGGGAGGAACGAUUCAACAUUUAACUGAAUUAGUGGGAGCGGGUGUAUUGCCACCUUUUUGUAAUUUAUUGGAGACAAAAGACUGGGGUGUUAUUAUUGUUGUCUUAGAUGGCCUAACUAAUAUCUUACAUGCUGCAGAAAAAAUAGGACAAGUAGAAAGAGUUGCUAUUAUGAUCGAAGAAGCUGGAGGAUUAGAUAAAAUAGAAGCUCUUCAACAUCAUCAGAAUGAACAAGUUUAUCAGAAAUCUAUGGCUAUACUUGAUACGUACUUUUCUCAAAAGGACGAAGAAGAGGUUCCUACUUCUAAAGUUAACGAGAAUGCUGAUGAACAGAUAGAAUUUAAUAUGACGGAAGAUCCGCCGAUAAAUAAAUUUAAUUUUUGAAUGAGUACGUCUUUGAAUUUGGAUUGAAGAAUUGUGAAUGAAAGAAUUUAUCAAUAUGAGACUUGAUUAUCAAUUUGUUAUAGUUCAUAAUGAUGGCUGCCUACAAUAAAAAUUCGAGUGUCAGCAAUAUUUGUGACAAAAAAUAAUAGAAAAGAAAAAGCAACAUGAAUCUAUUCAACUAUAAACAAUGAUCUUAUCUUUUUAUAUGUAUUAUAAGAAUAAAAUUAUAAUUAAGUGUUGAACACAAUAAUUUUGUUUUGAUAAUUGAGUCUCGCAUCUUUUAAAUGUUUCUAGAUAUAUUUACGUGAAAUCUCAUUGUUACAUUAGGCCUGUUCGUUUUCGCUGCACUUCUGAAUUAGUGCAAGAAAUUAGAAUAAAAGAAAAUAUAUUUGUUUCUUUUUAACUUAUUGCACUAUAUUGCACUAGUUCAGAAGUGCAGUGAAAACGAACAGACCUAUUAACUGAAGAAAAAAAGCUUUUGAUACUAAUUAUUUGAUGUAAUUUUUAGAAGUUACUGCAAACAUUUUUCAAACUUAUAUAUUUACAGGUUUCUUUGUUAAAUCUCGUAACUGAUAAGUACAUUUUGUAAUAGAAAUAAUUGAGUUUAGCUUUCUUUGUACUUUCGUUGAAAAAAAGAUAACGCUACUUGAUCAUGUUUUAUUCUUCCUUUUUUUAUGCAGAAAAUGAUUAAUCUAUUAAAUCUCAAGUUUUCUCUUGUAUUUUUACUAAUAUUCAAUCAUUUCUUUACAGACUUAUUUAAAACCGUUAUUUUUAAAUAUUAGUUUCGAUAAUUUGUAGAAUCGAUUGUCACGAUUAAUA